CAAUCCAAGCUGUAACCUCCAGAUCAACCCAACUUCUUAACCGUAGCAAACCUGAACUGACCCAGCAUCCCAUCCUAAGCCCUUUCCCACGCCCAUCAUCAGCAUCCAUGCGGUCCUUGACAACCCUUCUCAUCGCCCUCCUUUUCACCAUCGGCUCCUUCUCCUCUCCCAACCCACCGCCCGCACAAUGCGGCCUUGACGCCGCCCCACACCCAGUUUAUCGCAACCUCACAACCUGCCUCGACUCAUCCACUGCCACACCCCCAUCCUCAUGGCAUCCCUGGACACACAAACCUUACUGCACCCCGUCCUCGUCCACCCCCUGGUGCGUCUUCACCCGCGCCUCCUCCCCCGCCGCCCACGGCCUGAGCGUCAUCACGACCCCCGACGAAGCUUCGGCCGCGCUCAACCCGCUCCUUCACGCCCUCGAUGCCCCGUUCUUCGCGCCCGAGAAGUUGAUGCUGCCGCGCCCGUACGAGGUAAGGGACAUUCCCGGCAAGGGCAAAGGCGCCAUCGCCACACGGCGGAUCGAGAAGGGCAGGGCGGUGCUGGUGGACUAUGCGAGUAUCUUUGCGGUGGUGGAGUACCCGGCGGAUGUAAUGCGGGAGGAGGUGCGGGAGUUGCUGAGGGUUGCUGCGGCGCAGUUGGGGGAGCCGGAGGAGGUGGAGGGGUUGUCGAGGAGGGGUAGGAGGGGUGGGAGGGUGGCUGAGGAGGAGGAGGGCGAAGAAGGGAUGAGUGUUAUGGAGGAUGUCAUGUUGACGAAUAGCUUUGGGACUGUGAUCGGCGGAAAGGAGUACAUGGGUUUGUUUACUGAUUUGGCGAGGUUCAAUCAUGCUUGCGAACCAAAUGCUUUCAUUCACUUUUCGGAAACAACACUUUCCAUGACGGUCUGGUCGGCCCGCGAUAUUGAACCAGAAGAGGAGAUUACCAUCACAUACACGGGGGCAGGUCUGACAUCGAAAGAGAGACACAAGAGUCUGGAAAACGUCUGGGGAUUCAAAUGCCAAUGCUCUCUUUGCACCGCUCCGCCGGUAGUACUCAAAGCGUCCGACACUCGCCGGGAGGAGAUUCGCAGACUUCAAGACAAGGUUGUUGAGCUUGCCCAGCAAGGCAGGUUCAGCAAGGCCAUCGAGGCGGCAGAACGGUUGUUUACACUCGUAGACGAGGAAGGUCUGACGGAGCAGAUGGGAGAUAUGUACGAGGUGCCCGCAAGGCUCUACUACCACGUUGGGAAUCUUGAAAAGGCACUAGAGUACACACUGAAGGUCAGGCAUGAGAUUGAUGGCUAUGGAGUACCCGGGACGCUAGGCGAGCAGAAGAUUGAGAUGUUGAAAGGGGUCAUUGCGAGGAUCGAGCGGGAGAUCACGAACAAGCAGGAAAGAGAAGGAUCGUCCUGAAGACACUCCGUAAGAGAAGGGCUAGUGCCUGAGUUGAAUUGCUGAACGCUGCUCCUUGACGUUGAGCUUGCAGCUGGAUGCGUCAUCACUAGUCCCUGAUCCAGGUAAUGAAUACGUUGGAAAAUGC